CUUACUGUAUUUCUGAUAGAAAUGCCAGGUCAGGGGACAACUUUAAGAAAGUGUGUGGUCUGCCACACAGAAAUCAAUGUCGCGUGCAAAACUUGCAAGGCAUGCAAAGCAAAGCAAUCUCAAAAGCUAAGGCUAAAAAAAAAAUUUGAAAAAUUUGAUGAAAAGCGGGAGAGCUGGGUCUAUACCCACCAAAAAAAUCGGACCACCUCCCACAUCGUGGAUGAAGCUUCUAUGCUGCUUGAAAAAUUGCAGGCCCUGGGUGUAAGGGCUGUAAUAGUUUUGUCCAAGCCCGGAAGAAAAGAGAAUGCCUGGGUUUCAGAGGUUUUGGCACCCCGUUGUCAACUGACAGACACUUCUAAAAAGUGUCUUGAAAGAAUAAAGACACUCUAUGAUCUUGUUAUUCAAGGCUGGACCCCACAAGUUGCUGCAGGACAUUCAUCAUCCCCAGUUGAACCCCAAACUACACCUCAACUGGCUCCACCAACAACACAGGUUGCUGUUGCCCAGCCUCAUCCCCCUGCAGCUCCACCUACACCUCAACUGGCUCCACCAACAACACAGGUUGCUGUUGCCCAGCCUCAUCCCCCUGCAGCUCCACCUACACCUCAACUGGCUGCACCAACAACACAGGUUGCUGUAGCCCAGCCUCAUCCCCCUGCAGCUCCACCUACACCCCCAAAGUCUUUGAUUUUAUCAGUAGCCUCCACUGGAGCCUCCCAAGUUUGUCAAGAAAAAGGUGACAGUGUUGAAGGAGGCUGUCCAGCUCCCAGUAAAGUGGUGUCACGUAAAAGAAAAGAAUGCCUACACACACUGACAGGGAGCCAGGAUUUUUACCCUGUGAAGAGGGUUGCCAAAUGCAAAGUUGUUAAGGUUAAUGAUAAAUAAGGCAUCACGUAGCUCCUUCCGUUGUCAUAAGAAAUUCAAAAUUAAAUUAAGUGAAAAUAUGUUUUGCAGUUUGUGCGUUCCCUUUCGUUUAAUGUUUUCAAAGGCCCUUUUCAACUGUAAGGACUUGACUGUACUUGCUGUAUAGUCAAUUUCAUAUAUAAUGAAGUGUUUCAUUUAGCAAAAACACGAUUCCUGUUAAAUUUCCUGGAAUCAGAUUUUGAUUUGAUUUUGCUGUUUAACACAGCUUUCAAUCAAAGUUGUAUUGUUUUAGGCAGGAGCCCAACUUGUCUCUUACAAAUGAAAAUGUAUAUUUCUCAAGAAUUUAGGAGAGCUGGGUGUCGAGUGCACACCUUAGCAAGUUGGUUCUUCAUACAGUGUAAGAGGAAAAAAAGCAAUUGCUGAACUUCACACCAAAUGGAAAGUCUGAAGAUACAGAUUGUACCAGUCGAAAAGGGUCGAUUGCAUUUUUCUGUUUUGAAUUGAAUUGUCUUAAAAGCAUAUUUUAGAGAAUAGUAUAACUGUU